AUGGUCUCACUGAGCAGCUCCAGGAUGUUCCAGCUGGGUCACAUCCAGCCAAAUGGACACCGAAGCCACAAAUCCCGCCUUGUCACCAAAGACGGGCGCUGCAACAUCGAGUUUGGCAACAUUGAGUACAGCAACCAUUUUGCUUACCUGGUGGACUUCUGGACCACCUUCGUGGAGAUCCGCUGGCGCUUCGUCCUCCUUUUGUUUGUGGCUGCAUUCACAGGUAGCUGGUUCAUUUUCAGCCUGCUGUGGUACUGGAUUGCAAAGAGUAAUGGCGAUCUAACCGGACAGAACCGCACAGACGGACAUGUCCAGUGCAUAGACAAUGUUAACGGCCUCACAACGGCGUUCCUGUACUCGCUGGAGACCCAGACUACCAUUGGUUAUGGUGGCAGGGCACUGACUGGGCACUGUGCUGUCACGGUGGCUCUAAUUAUCAUCCAGUCUUUAAUUGGAGUCUUCAUCAACUGCUUCAUGUGUGGCGUCAUCUUGGCCAAGAUCUCGUUACCCAAAAAAAGGGCAAAGACUGUGACCUUCAGCAACACAGCUGUCAUCUGCUUGAAGAAAGGAAGUCUUUGUCUCCUGAUCAGAGUGGCCAACCUCCGAAAGACCUUAUUAAUCGGAAGCCAGAUCUACGGCAAGCUGUUGAGGACAACAACCACGCCAGAUGGAGAGACUAUCAUCCUGGACCAGGUGGACAUUGACUUUAUGGUCGACGCUGGCAAGGAUAACUUGUUUUUUGUUUGUCCUCUGACACUGUACCACGUCAUCAACAGGUCGAGUCCGUUCUACGAGCUCUCAGUAGACACUCUACCCCUGCAGGACUUUGAGCUGGUGGUGUUUUUGGAUGGGACUGCCGAGUCCACAAGCUCGUCCUGUCAGGUCCGAACCUCCUACAUCCCACAGGAGAUUCAGUGGGGUUUCACUUUCCUGCCUAUAAUCUCCCGCACCAAGACAGGAAAAUACCACGUGGAUUUCUCAAACUUUUCCAAAAGCGUCCGGGUCACUACGCCACACUGCAUCCGUUGCUUUGAAACCGAUGCAGACCAGAGAAACCACAACAAACACAACCAAGAAAAUCACAAGAAGCUGGGCAUCGACAACCUGGGGUUUCAAGUGAUCGAUAUUCACGACUCAGUGGAUGUCACUAAAAUGUGA